UUUCAUAAAACCCCUGAAGGCUGAAGCCUCUUUUAAACCCUUAACAGCAGUUAACUCCUCAUCCCCGCCGCCGCCCAGAGAAGACACCAUCACCGGAGACGCGAACGAGAAGAUGAGGCUAUUGACCCACAACAUGCUCUCUUCGAACAUCAAGGGAGUAAUCAAUGGUUUCCCUCUCCGAAUCGAAGUAGAAAAAGUCGUCGAGAAGCAAGUCGAUUUCAAUCCUGAUUUCCUCAAGAACAUGUUCUCCAAGAUCGAUUGGAAAGCCCUAGCGGACGCUUCAAAGAUCAUGGGAUACGCCGAGCUGCCUGAAGAAGUCCCCGACGCGUCGGUGCUUGAUUCCGAUGAGUUUUUGCAGAAAUUCCACCACGCACUUCUUGAACUUCACCUCGAGGAAGGUGCACUCGUUUGCCCGGAGACCGGUCGCCGGUUCCCUGUUAACAAGGGGAUACCUAAUAUGCUUCUUCAUGAAGAUGAGGUGUGAUAAACAUUUUUCAUUACAGUUUCUCGUUUAUUAGAACCGUAUGUAAUAUGUGCUUGAAAUACAUGAAAAUUUGCUGCGAUUUGAAGAUUAGGGUUCUUAAUGGAUCACGUUGCCCCUCUUUUGCUAUUAA